AUGGGCACCCUUGUCCCGAGUCGAACCUGUAAUUCGUGUCGAACCGUCAUCGACGACCCGUCCUACCAGUACAAGGCCUGCACGAAAUGUCUUGAGAAGGGCCGCGCGUAUGGCAAGAGGUACAAGGAAAAGAAGAAGCAAGAGAAGGAGCAGCGCGAUGCCUUGCAGCUCUCAGCCGCCACCUCCGGUAAACUCACUAAAGUCAAGAGCGAACCGAAGGCGAAGAUAGUACUCUCGGCGCGCCACGAACCGCUUGCAUCGGAAUACUGCAACGCGCACGAACUCUUCGCUUGGAUCAAGCGGACGCAUAUACCCCGGCGACCAUUGACGUUCGAGGGGUGCUAUCGCAUCGUCGACAUCGACCAAAACCAUGCAGCCCGCGUCAUUGAAGUAGCUCAGAAGCUGCGCGACGAAACGAGCGUCUCAUUUGCCCUCAAACCCUUCAAGCGUGCGACGAACCCACAAUCCACCAGGUUCACCUCGAGAUACCGAUGUCUAUGCGGCAAGCGAGAAGGGGACACGUCCUCAGUUUCGGCACCUCAGGCUGGGAAGCCAAAGCUGAACGGCACUGGCAACCUAAAGGCGUGGAUAUCCCAGGCCAAAGCCUCUACGGACUGUGGUGGGGAGGUCAGUAUCGCCGUUUGCAAGGAUUCCUCCCAUAAAAUCCUGCCUGGGCAGAGGAUAACGAUAACCAUUACGCAUGAUACUGAGCCAUAG